UUGGUCCAGUCGUGUAUGUUGCCCCCUCUACCGUUCAUCGGGUUGCCUGCUUUGCGGUUGCCUGCAUCCCAAUUAGACAGUUGAUUUCGUAUUAGAUAUGAAUGCAUAUAGAUCGCGCUUCGUGUUAAUACAUCAGUGACGUUAUGCAUUGCCGUAGAUAUGCUCAGAUGCUGGCGAUGAUCGUAUCUGCAGCCCACGCUCGCAUCCCAUAGGCCGUCGUCAUGUUUUCCCUGCCGGCUCUGCUGCAGAUGCUACUCCUCCUGUACCCCGCGCACUGGCCGGGUGCUGUCUGCAGCCCCACCGACGACAGCGCGGCGCGGGGCGGCCACGGAGAGCACGGCGAGCCGGGCCACAAGGAGCCGCAUCAGGACUCCUACAGCACGUUCGCUUCCGAAUUUCUCGAGUCUAGAUAUCUCUCAGAUGAGGGAUAUCCCUUCCCAACUGCCCCUCCUGUAGAUCCCUUUGCCAAAAUCAAAGUCAGUGACUGUGGCAUAACCAAGGGCUGCAUCAGGUAUGGGAAGCCGGGCUGCGAUGCUGAGACCUGUGACUACUUCCUGAGCUACCGCAGGAUCGGCGCGGAUGUGGAGUACGAGAUGAGCGCAGACACAGACGGUUGGGUGGCUGUGGGAUUUUCCUCAGACAAAAAGAUGGGAGGUGAUGAUGUCAUGGGCUGCGUCCAUGACGACAAUGGGCGCGUACGCAUCCACCACUUCUACAAUGUGGGCCAGUGGGCCAAGGAGAUCAAGCGUAACCCUGCGCGGGACGAGGAGGGCGUCUUCGAGAACAACCGCGUCACCUGCCGAUUCAAGCGACCCCUCUACGUUCCCCGCGAGGAGACCCUGGUGGACCUGCACCUGAGUUGGUAUUACCUGUUUGCCUGGGGCCCUGCCAUCCAAGGAUCCAUCACCCGACACGACAUCGACAAUCCCCCCGUCUCCGACCACAUGAUCAGCAUCUACAAGUACGAGGACAUCUUCAUGCCCUCGACGGCUUACCAGACCUUCUCCUCCCCCUUCUGUCUACUGCUCAUUGUCGCACUCACCUUCUAUCUGCUCAUGGGGACGCCAUAG